CACAGGGAUGUCAGAUCAGGCUACAUGACAGACUCAGGCGUCGCAAACAGAGCAGAGAAACCAAUCACCAAAAUGCCAGACACACCACAGCCGAGUAAUCCCCCCUCCCGUCCCUCCUAUCAGACGCAAGGCAGGCAUUGGUGGCCUCACUUGGUCACAUGCAGCACCUCUAUCUCCGUCGCCGUGAAGGCAAUGGCCCCCCCAAGCACUGCGUCACCGUCCCGAUCUCUCUCCCCGCGAUAGCCGUCCGGCAAAUUGUGCUUGCAUGUGUACUGUCGGCACUCACAUAUGCUGCCAGCCGGCGGGUUGCCCACACCGCCAUCGCCAAGCGACAGGUGCACUCCGAUGACCACAUUCGCCGCGGACGCGACGUUCUUGACUGUGCCCGUCGUGAAGACGAACUGGUCAGCCCGGGGCAUUUCGAUCUUAGUUGGGCGGGUGUAGUGGCCUGCCAGUGAGAAGUGCCACACGUCACUCGCGUAGCGGUGGCCGCCGAAGGUGCCGCCUGGCAGCUGGAGGCCGCCACCGAUCGAGCAGCCGAAUAUGGUCUGCUCCUUGUGGAUUAUGAACACCAGGCCCUUCUUGUUGCCGACUCGGAACAGUAGGUCGCCAUAACUGUUGCCGUGGAUAGAGGAGCUGCCAUGUUGUUGCCACAGACACAGAAACACCGCGUCAAUGUGGCGUUCUGGCGGCCUGUCUUCAGACCUACCGGUAGAGCGACACGAGUUUGAUCUUGCUAUCCCCAAACAGGUGGAGCAGCCCAUAAUACUGUGAAACCGAGAGGGACGUGCUCGCGCACACAGCAGGCUGUGUGACGACACACAUACAAAAAUACAGAUGAUGCCAGGGGCAUUGCGAGUCGUCUUUGUCUAUGUGUGGACACACCAGAGGCGCGAGUGAUCGCUUUGAAGCAGUGUCGAAGUACAGGUCGCCCACUUGUCGCUCAGCCCUGCAACCCAUCAGCAAGACAUCAACGAGGAGCAUGCCUGGAUGGUGUGCUAUGCAUUCUCACUCACCGUGUGAUUUGAUCACGUAUUGUCUGCCCUCCUCCCAUGGCGCUAGGGGUGGUUGCGUGGACCAACUCCCACUGCUGAAACACGGCUUCUCUGCCCAUGUAGUUGUCCUUCACGUACAGCUCGGGCGUAACGACCCUGAUCAACCCACGCCCCACGCACAAAUGUAUAACCCCCUGCCAAUCUGCCAUCCAUGUGUGAGUCACUUUGUGUGCCGGCGGGUGUACCUGCAGAUGGGACAGGGGCACACCCGAUGCCCAACAGGGUCCUGGCGGUAGACAGCUUCGCGGGUCAUGAUCUCAUGAAUGCACUGACACACACACCAAAGCAACACACACCGAUGGAAGGCCUGACACUCUCAGGCCGUCAGCAACAUUACCCCUGCGCAGAACGAAUGGCCUGAAUGAAUGAGAAUGGACAAAGCACAGUAUGUGGGCAGAGAUAGAUGAAACUCUCCGCAUGUGUUUUGCUGCCGUACCAUAGAUAGGGUUCCUUGCACACAGCGCAUUCCGUGAUUCUGGACGCCAUCGAGGGGUAGAUCUACUGCAGAUCUCACCCAGAAGCUGAAGACAAUCGAGGUCGCUUGGUGAUGAAUCACAGAAAUUCUGACUGUCGGCUCUCUUACCUCUUCUCUUGCACCUCAGAUCACACUUCUCAGAUCACACCUCUUCUCUCAUCCCAGGGCUCCUACGCUUAAGAUCCCCAUUGUAAGCUCGCAUUUGGGGA